AAAGUGCUCACCUCCUUCGGGGAAGCCAUCAAGAACCUGGACAACAUUAAGUCGACCUACACCAAGCUGUCCGAGCUGCACUGUGAGAAGCUGCACGUGGACCCCGAGAACUUCAGGCUCCUUGGAGACAUCCUAAUCAUCGUCCUGGCUGCCCACUUUACCCGGGAUUUCACCCCCGCUUGCCAGUUUGCCUGGCAAAAGCUGGUGCGCGUCGUGGCUCACGCCCUGGCCCGCAAGUACCACUGA